AUGUCUCCUUCUACAGACAUGGCCGGCAUCGCCAAUUUGGGCUGCCAGCUCGCCACGAAGCUGGUGGCCUACGAGAUCGGCACUUCCGAUUCGGACCGUGAUAUUCACAGUCUCAUCGAGGACAUCCUCGCUACGGCGGCGACAAUCGGCGAGCUUCGAGAGUUUCUUGCCGCUGACGCCUGCGCGGACUUGCCCGUCUACAAGCAGGCCGGCCGCGAAGCCAUCGAGGACCUCGUAACGAGGUGCGGCGCAGUGUACACCACCAUCAUCCGCAGCGUCUACCGCGCAAGCCUCCAUGUCAAGAUUGUCGAGAACGUCGACUUCCAGGCCCUCGGACCGGAGGAUCUGAAGGCAUCCAGAAUCCGCGCCAUCCACGCCAAUAUGGAUUGGAACCUGGUCUCCAAUGCCUUUAAUACCAGCAAAACUCAUUUGCGCUGGCUCAAGGCCGGUCUCUUGCUGCACCUGCAAGUGGCCAACAUUGCACGACUUCAAAAUACGUCGAGAGCGCCUGGAAGUUUCGACGAGGAGUUGGCCUCGAGGGCGCUUGCCAUGCGUAUGUUGGCAUGCAAGGUCAAGGCCGCCAAGACGAUUGUCGAAGAUCUUGAGCGGAAGGACAGAAUGGCAAUGGCGGACAAAUCCGACACCGCGAGCAUUGCUUCUGGCGCUUCAUCUUCGGAUGGCAACAAAUCUGACGAUGAUUUAGCGUCCUGGACGUCUGGCAAAACAGCCAAUGACACCAUGGCUUCAUGGAUGUGCGGCGGGAAGGCUGUCAAGAAGUCCGGUGCUCAUGCUACCGUAGAGCCUGCUGCCCUCCCUUCACCCGCGGCCCCAACAAGCUUCUGGCACCAGCCGUGGGAUGGAGCCCCUGAUGCCGGCCCCGUUGAAAUCAAACUGCUGGCCCCGGAGCACCGGUUCCCGGUCAAAGCAUUCAAGAGCAUGGGUAAAUGGUUCAGGGGCCUCUUUGGUCGCCACGACAUCCCCUGCCUCAACGACCUGGGCGAGCUGGAGGCAACCGUCCUGAGAAACGGGCCAUUCCCGGAGGCCUUCUUGGCAUUUGAGCCGAGGAUGCUGCGCCUGGAGUUGAAGCGCAUCCUGAAGCAUCGCACGAACGCCUCUGCAGACGCGUUCCUCACCCAAGACACCGAGCUUCGCGCUGCCGUCUCCAAUGCUCUCCUCCGUGCUCAAAAGAAGGAUGGAAGGGUGCGGCAGCUGGUGACUGUCGAUCUCUCGACCAACCCCGACGUCGCCAUCGUCUUCAUGUCCGUCGAGCCCGCCCUGGAGCCUAUCCACAUGACGGACAUUGUUGGCCGCAAGUACGACAUACCGUAUGAACAGGGCCGAACCGUGCAAGGUGCGCGCGCGUCCAUCCACCAGCGCUUCAGGAGUGCCAAUAGACUCUGGCCUAUUAUUAGGGACGGGGCAUUCGAGGUGGUCGCCGAGGACGACACCGUCGUCACACCAGAGGCUUGGGUGACAACCAUCAAGCCAGGCGCCGUAAUGCGAAUGCGCAUGUCGGCCUUCAACGACGGCGGCAUGCCUGGUCCCAUGUACACGGCCCCCGGGGCACCUGAGAUCCUCACCUGGGCCGAGAGGGGACCGGGCUGGAGAUGUAACCGGCCGCAGGGAAUGCCGCUGGGACCGACAUGUUUUCCCGGAGCUCGGCCUGGUCGCAUGGCAGGGCCUCCGCCACCACCCCGGCCGCCCGUUUUCACCGUAAAGCCGCGCAUUGCCGAUGGAGCGGAGCUUGGUUUCGAGCUCGACUUCGGUCCCCCCUUGACCCGCGAGGAUGACAUUGGCGAGGGGCGGAAGGACCUCGGGCGUUGGGUCGCUCUGUGGACGAACGCCACGGACACUGACUUCACCACCGACUCGGGCGGCAUCCCGUCGUACGACGACGCCUCAUCCAUCUCGUCCGGGUCUUCCUCAUCUAUUAUCGAUUACUAG